UCUAUGAACACUGAAGGAACGUCUCUAUUCAAGGAGAAACUAUCCUGUGAUUAAUGAGAACAUUUUAUUAUUUAAAGCGUUCAGGCUGUUGCGUUAAAACCGGUCUUUGCAGUUCGGGUCUAAAGAAGGCUGAUGUGUGCCAUCCGUCCGUCUCAUCCGGUCGCUCAAAGUUACUUUAAAGACUUAAAUGAAUCCGUAAAGUCCAACUGUGAAGAGUCGACAUUAUGUCAACAUCCCUGGAAAUAACUGAUUAACCGAGAGCUUCCGACCUUUCAGCACUGUCCGGGAUAUAAAGGCUGUCGUGGAGGUAAAGGUUCCCAGUCCUGUGUGGGAUGUUAACGGACUGGCGGCGCGCUGAGGCUGAAGGAGCAUGGUGAAACACCAACCCUUGCAGGUCUAUGAGAAGCAGGUCUUUGUGUCCUUUGUCACUGGGAUCUAUGGUUGCCGCUGGAAACGCUACCAGCGUUCCCAAGACGACAGCUCCAAGUGGGAGUGUACAUGGUUCGUCAUCUUGUGCAGUUCCUUCCUUCUGCUUCUGCUUUGGGCCUACUUCUGGUUGGUGGCUCAAAAUGAUUUCAAUGAGUUCAACUGGUCAGUAUACAACCGCUCUGGAGAAUGGAGGGAUGAGACGAUCCCCAUCCUCGCAUCCACCACCGUGGGAUUCAGCUACAUCACGUUCUUAAUGAUCUUAGCACUUUUCCAUAUAUCCUUAGGCCAGCAGCUGAACCUCUACUGGGUCCACAAGAUUGGAGUGUUGGCUACACUGCUCACCACUAUCUCUGGGCUCAUCACUGUUAAAGACAUAUGGGGAGAUGAGUGGGACAUCCUGCUUGUGUCACUGCAGUCCACAGCACCUUUCCUGCACAUUGGAGCCCUGGCAACAGUCACAGGUAUCAGCUGGUUGGUGGCUGGAUAUGUGGUCCGCAGAGAAAGAUCCAAUUUCCAGGUGAUAGUGUUACUGAUCUACGUCAUCAUCCUCUUGGCUCUCUAUUUGGCGCCACUCACAUUUAACUGCCCAUGCAUCAUGGACCGCCACAGCCUCAGACCUCGACCAGACAUCAUUGGCCGAAGGGGAGCUCCUAUGCUGGCUCCAGAGAACACCAUGGUGUCCUUUAACAGAGCCCUGCAGCAUGGAGCAAACUCCCUGGAGGCAGACGUCACUAUCAGUGUGGAUGGGAUUCCCUUCCUUAUGCGAGACCGCACCUUGAGGAGAACCACAGACGUUAGUAAGGUCUUUCCAGCCAGGCAGUAUGAUGACGCCUCUUUCUUCAACUGGACGGAGAUUCGCUCUCUAAACGCGGGCCAUUGGUUUUUGGAGAGUGACCCCUACUGGACAGUAGAGACCCUGACAGCGAGGGAUCGGAGCAGAAUAGGCAACCAGACCGUCUGCAGUCUGCUGGAAAUGCUGCGUCUCACAGCCAGGUCCAACAGCUCUGCACUGCUCAACAUCCGCAAGCCUCCACCGGAGCACCCGCGCUCUCGGAACUGGUUCAUGGACACGCUGUGGGCUGUGCAGAAAGCAGGGAUUUCCCAGAAGAGGGUGACGUGGACCCCUGACACGGACAGGGGGAGAGUGCGAGGGCUUCAGCAGACUGCAAACGAGAAGCUGUCAGUGGAAGAGAUGAGGCAGAGGGGAAUAACAAGCCUGACCCUCCACUACAGCAAGGCCAGCCACAAAGACAUACAGGAGUAUCUGGCCAAUAAUGUGAGUGUGACUGUCUACCCAGUGAAUGAGCCCUGGCUCUACUCCAUUCUGUGGUGUAGCGGGGUGCCUUCUGUGUCCUCUGAUGCCCCCCAAGUCCUCCGAAAGGUGCCUUACCCCAUCUGGCUCAUGAGCCAGAACGCUUACAACUUCAUCUGGAUCGCCUCGGAUCUGGUCUCCCUCGCCGUAGUCAUAGGGAUUUUCUGUUUUCAGAACUAUCAUAUGAUCAGGUGGAGGAUGAGCGGGAUGCAGACCUAUAACCCCGAACAGAUCAUGCUGAGCGCUGUGGCGCGUCGGUCCAGUCGGGACGUCAACAUUAUGAAGGAAAAGCUCAUAUUCUCAGAACUGAACAAUGGGCUCAGCAGCACAGAGGAGCUUUCUCUGUAUCCUGAGAACGGUUAUGCGAGAUACUCUCAUGGAGGCCUCAGUCGCUGAACGAAACACACUGCCACAGCUGGAAGAAUCUCUGAAGUUAG